AUGAACGGCACGAAAUCAGGCACCCCGACAGGUACUCAAGGAAGGAGUAAGAAAGCGUGCACGGAAUGUCGGCAGCAAAAGGCCAAAUGCGAUUCUCAUCUGAACCCAAAUGAGCCGUGCUCGCGAUGUCGCAAGGUCGGCGCAGACUGCGUUAUAUCGGAUCCCUUCAAACGAGAACACAAGCGCAAACGACUAUCCGAACUCCAGCAUGAAGCCGAACAAUUGCGAAAACAACUUGGGUCCGACCACGGUAGUAGUAACCGACUCGCCUCGCCCAUCGCUGUCCAGCCUGUCCUGACAGCUGCGGCCGACAUGAGCAGGACGCCGGAAAGCCUCAAUGCGUACACGCCGGCAAUACCUUCACCAAAGUCAAGUAUACGGGUCGACGAACCUCAAAUAAUCCCAUCGAAUAUUCGUCCGCCCCCGGUGGUUGCGCGUGACAUGCCCAUGGCCCAUUCCGACGACGAAACACAACCGAGGACGCUCAAUAAUACCGUUCAGAUCGAGGGAAGAGAGAUUAGCGAUAUUUUUCAAAUAUUCUUCCGUGACUAUGCGCCGUUGAUGCCUAUAUUAGACCCUGCCACUACUCCGAAUUCUUACUACGUGCAGUCCCCCCUUCUAUUCUGGACGAUCCUUCUUGUCGCAAGUCGCAGCUAUAGCAAGAACCCGACGCUGUUUACGGCUCUCAGACAGCCUGUUAAUGAUAUGUUGCUCCUAUCAUUGUCGACAAACGCGACGCCCGUGGCCAAAAUCCAGUCGUUGAUCCUUUUUCUUACCUGGCCUGUGCCAAAGAUUGAGGUUUUAUUCCCCUUUAGCGGACUACUCCUCCACCUAGCGAUGCAGAACGGCCUUCAUAUGCCCAUGGCUAGUCAUGAGUUUUCGCGAUAUGUUGCGAUCCCCAAGGACAACCCAACCCAGACCGACAGAAGCCUGGCAAAUAUUGAAAUGCAGCGACGGUCAGAACUAUGGGCGCAGUGUAUUGUUGUCUAUCAGCGGACGUGUUUACAAAAAGGACAGCCGCCCCGGGCAAUGCUAGACCUGGUCCCCGAAUCCGGCCAAAAGCUAUGCCAGCGAUUAUCGCCGGCGCUGACGACACAGCUGAAAUGUCUUGAGAUUGUCAGUAAAUGCUGCGUCUCGGUUUUUGUGCUUGGGGUACGCAACACAUCGCCUGAGCAUGAACGAUCUUUGGGUAUCAUCAUCCGGACAUUUGAAAAUCAGUUAAAAGACUUUCAGGAGUCUCUUCCGUCUAACGCUAAUACGUUAUACCCAACUAUCGCGCGACUACAAAUCCAAGUGUUUCACCUCUACAAAGACCUCAGCGGACCGCAUGACGGCUGUUUCACACAGCUAGCAAGGACGGCAUGCUCUGUGAUUGAGCAUGGCAAAAUCCUAUUCGACAAGCCAGAGACAUACCCGUCAUGUCCUAUAUUUAUUGUCAACGCACUGGUUAUUGCAUGCUCGUCUCUGCUAAGGCUUCUAAAGAGUGUUGUUGCACGGGACCUGGAUGUCGAGCAGGCCAAAUCCUCCUUUUUCACGGGGAUUAACCUGUUGAACGGCAUUGCCGUCGAUCCAAGCGACUUUCCGGCAAAGUGCUCACAGGCGUUUAGCCAGCUAUGGAGCAGUCCAAAGGCAUUCCGCAAGGCUGACGGCACAGAGCACACGACGCUGCGCAUCCGCAGUCGGUUGGUGAUGGCGCCUCCUAUUGAUGUGAUUUGGUGGUGGCGCGACGAAAUGGGGUCUGAGCAGGGCCCGCGGUUUAACGAUGAGGAAAAGACGGGAACUGCCGAGGAUAUUGAGAUUCCAGCACCGGAUCCAUUCAACAUGGACUCGGAAUUUCAUUUUCUUAAUGACGAGUUUCUUGCCGACUUUGAGUGGGCAGUAAGCAGCGAUUACCUGCUGCCGUCCGAGUCGUAUUCGGACAUUGCGUGGCCAAUGUCGAAUCCGAUGUUGCCAUCUCCCUGA